AUGACAAAUACAGCCGCCGCUGGUAGACGCACCUCGGACAAGGGGGCUAACUUUCGUGGUCAGUUGGGUCGGUUUCGUCUGAAUCCCACAGUAUCCUCUUCCCAGAUACCGACGUCGUCGCCGUCGUCGCAAUCGCAACCGCAAUUGAGUAAUGGCCUCCAUACCCCCGUCGUGUCUCAGCGACCAGAACCGAGUGCAAGUUCAGUAUCGUCCACGAGUACUGCUACCAUAAGACGACGGGCGUCGAGAUCGGAUAGUCCAGAUGCCGCGGGAAACGAUCGGGAUGGUCCCGUUAAUAAAAGUAAACGAGUCUCGACGGCGUGCGAGUUUUGUCGGAAAAGGAAGAAGAAAUGUGAUUUUCGAUAUCCGAAUUGUUCGGCUUGCACCCGCGCCGGUGUGGUGUGCACCGUACUUACUCUUGGACAAUCCGUUGCGCACCAACCGGUGCCUAGAGAUCAGAUAGAGAAUCUCGAGAAACGAGUGGAAUGGCUGGAGGAGUUACUGCGGACACAGGCAAACAUAGACGUGACUGGAAAGUCAACAGGGUCUGUGGUUGAAUAUCCCCAGGCUGAUUCACCUGCUGCAGAGCAAUGGUUUAAUGUUCCAGUCAUGCUUGCACAACCACGAGCCGGAAUCGGCUUGACUGCGGCUGUGGACGACACGUCUGACAGCGCCAACAGCACAAAUAGCCCAACGACGUUGUCCUCGAUGGAUGGUGGACAACUGCCGAAUAUUUCAGAGAUAUUUCGCGAUAAGUUAGAAAAUAGACGAAGUAUUGUUCCCCGACCGGCGUCCUCGUCGGUAAUCCCACCCGUGCGUCGGCUUUCGUCAUGGGACGAAGCGGAGCAAUUGGUGAAUAGAUAUUUCGAAGGAGUAGGGAUGCAAUACCCAUUUCUGCACAAAACUGAAUUCAUGCGGGGCAUGAGAGCGAUCUAUCAAAACAAGUCUGUUCCACCUGAUGUACAGAAUUCAUACCACAUCACUAUGGCAGUGGCUCUUUUAACUACUACCAACGACAUCCAACAGGCCGCUGCGUUUUACGGCAUUGCCAGGGAAACAUUGACCCCCACACUGCAAAAUGAGGAUCGGGUAUCAUUGCAAGCACUUCUAAGUCUGGCAUUGUAUUCCCUCUCAUCUCCCGCGGGGCCUAGUAUCUGGCAAGUGCUGGGUACGGCAAUGAGACUCGCCACCAGCCUAGGCUUGCAUAAGGCGCGGCCAGCAUCGACGUCGACCAAAGACAUGGUUGAGCAUGAAAUGGACAAACGUGCCUUCUGGAGUCUCUAUAACCUCGAUCGACUGAUCUCUGUCACACUUAGUCGGCCGUUAGGGCUAUCAGACGAUGAUAUUACAAUAAACACACCUGUGGAGUAUGAUGAAAACUGGGUUGAAGCACCUAGAAACUGCCAGAUGUCGAUAUCCGUCCAGGUGGUCAAGUUGCGCCGAAUCUAUUCGAGGAUAUAUCGAUGCUUUUACAACCCACAUACCAAACCCACUGGGGAUGUGGCCCCUCUCUUACAGGGAUUUCGACAAGAACUCGACGAAUGGCGCACUUCUGCACCCGUGAUCCAGACCUGCCUGCAUUACUCAACGGCCUAUUACGACUUUCUUUACUACACCACUUUGCUACUCCUCUAUCGCCCGUCCGUUUUGAUGCCGCACCCGGACAGUAAUUCUAUUAUGGGAUGCGGCGAGGCUAGUAUCCGCAUUAUUCAGUCGUACUGGGACAACUAUUCCGCUAAUAAGAUCAAAUGGCUUUGGAUUACGCUGUGCCACGUUUACUCUGCCGGUGUCACGAUGCUAUGGUGCCUAGAGCAAGAUAUCCGAGCCGUUCGACGGGGUAUGUCACCGAUAUGGGCCAAUCCACAGGUUUACUCAUCUCUUGAGUUCGUUCACACUCUCCUCGACGAAUUCUGCGCAAAACGCAAAGGCGCAGACCGAUUAAGCAUUCAAUUCAAGACUCAAAGCCAACAAGUCACGCGACGCAUGUUGCAAGCUACAGCAGACCAGCAGCAGCAACAGCAGCAGGCUCUCGAAUCUGUUGUGCAGCAGCAAUUGCAACAACCUAUCUUUAUGCCGACUACCGUUGAUCCGGGGAUGAUCGUUCAUCCAAUGUUUUAUAGCUAUCAAUGGGCUGGACAGGAAAUUGCGUCUUUCUAUGGCUUAUAG